GACUUCACUCUUGAAUGUUUCAAUUGUCACGGUGCUUCCACUUCCUAUUGAAUUUGUCUAUUUUGAAAAUAGAUACUAUGAAUCGACCGAACUCGUAUAACAGCAUCGAUGCUGAAGAAGAAAUUGUUAUCUCCGGCAUUGCUGGCCGAUUUCCUAAUAGCGACAAUUUAAAAGAGUUUCAAGAAAAUCUUUUUAACAAAGUGGAUCUUGGUUCGAGCGAUCAUAGACGCUGGAAUAAUUCUUAUUAUAAUAAGCAUGCUAUAGCAUGCUAUAGCAUGCCUCAUCGAAUCGGUCAAGUCAACAAUAUCGAGAAAUUUGAUUCAGAAUUUUUUAAUAUACCCGCUACGGAAGCUCAUAUAAUGGAGCCUAUGACUAGAAUGUUACUCGAGCAUACUUACGAAGCAAUUAUCGAUGCGGGUGUAAACCCAAAAGAAUUACGAGGAACAAGAACGAGUGUUCUUACAGCACUUUCUGUAUCUGAGACUCGAUCGUAUUUUUCUAGUAAACCUGAGCUUGCUAGAUUAUCUAUGAUUGGAUGCAACGUUUCUUUCGUGGCAAACCAAAUUUCUUAUUGGCUCGGCGUUACUGGACAAUCGCAUAACAUUGAUAGUGCAUGUAGUUCAAGUAACGUUGCUAUAGUGAAAGCUUACAAGCUGAUUCGAUCCGGAGAGUGCGACGCGGCCAUUAUCGCUUCCGCCAAUCUAUGCCUACAUCCUCAUAUACAAUUUCAAUUUUACCAUCUAGGGGUUUUGUCUCCUAACGGUUACUGUAAACCCUUUGACGAGGAAGGCGCCGGAUAUAUGCGUAGUGAUACGGUCGCAGUAGUAUAUCUGCAAAAGGCAAAAAAUGCAAGAAGAAUAUAUGCGACCCUCGUACACGGUAAAAUAAAUUGCGAUGGUUUUAAAGAAGAAGGUAUUACCUUUCCAUCGGUCGAAAAGCAAAAAAUAUUGUUGGACGAAUUUUAUAAGGAAUGUGGGAUCUCACCUAAUGAGUUAUCUUACGUGGAGGCUCAUGCAACUGGUACUCUUGCCGGUGAUCCCGUAGAAGUUAUGUCUGUUGACCAGAUUUUAUGCGCUAAAAAAAACACUCCUUUAUUGAUGGGCUCGGUAAAAUCGAAUAUUGGACAUUCUGAAGUCGCCAGUGGCCUUUGUCAAAUCGCAAAGGUAUUAUUAGCGAUGGAAACUGGUAUAAUUACGCCUACUAUACACUUGAAACGUCCGCGAAAAGAGUUAACUGCUAUUAUCGAAGGAAGAAUAAAGAUCGUUACUGAACCAACAGAAUGGGAGGGUGGUUAUGUAGGUAUCAAUUCUUUUGGGUUUGGAGGGACUAAUAGCCACAUAUUAUUAAAGUCAAAUCCUAAACAAAAAAUCGACAAUGGAGCUUCGAAUGAUGACUUACCUAAGCUUGUAGCUGUAUCUGGUCGUACGGAGGAAGCAGUUAAAACCAUUUUUGAUUAUGUGCGGAAUCGAUCAACAGAUGCAGAAUUUAUAUCCUUAUUACAUCAUAUUCAUAAUGAUAAUAUAGAAGGUCACCUUUACAGAGGGUACAUGAUAACUGAGUCUAAAAUAUCUCAUAAUACAAUUAUUAAAAUAGAACAUACUUCAUAUACGAAAAGACCGAUUUGUUUUAUAUUUUCUGGACUAGGAUCUCAAUGGUUUGGAAUGAGUCGCACUCUAAUGAAAUUCCCAGUGUUUGCCAAGGCAAUCCAGAAAUGUGAUAUUGUCCUAAGACCUUACGGAAUAUUACUUACAGAUAUUUUAACAUAUGAUAAUAAAAAUAUUUUUGAUAAUAUCAUUAAUUUAUUAUUGGUUCUCGUUGGACUACAAAUUGGAUUGGUCGAUCUUUUAACAUCUAUUGGUAUCGUCUCCGAUUUUAUAAUCGGUCAUACCAUUGGUGAACUAAUUUGUGGGUAUGCCGAUGGAUCUUUAACGGCCGAAGAAACGAUUCUGUCGGCAUAUUUCAUCGGUUUAGCACUUCAUGAGUCGAAAAUAAUUAACGGUUCUAUGGCUGAAAUUAAUCUCGAUUGUAAAACUUUAAAAGUCAUAUGUCCUUCGGAUAUCGAUAUAGCUUGUUACAAUAGUUCUUCUAAUUUUAUUGUGAGCGGACCAACAAAUUCUAUAAAAGCAUUCCUCACCAAACUGCAGGCUGAUAAUAUUUCUGUGAAAAGGAUUCCUUGUGGUAAUAUACCUCUUCAUAGUCGUUACAUCAAACCUGCUAUAGUUAAGUCCGAAGAAUACUUGAACCAAAUAUUACCACAAGAAGAGUUUCGCAGCUCAAAAUGGCUAACAACAACCGCUCACGAGUAUUCCAAUAUACUUCUGCCUUUAUGUUCAAAAUAUUAUACACAUUAUCUGUUAUCCCCGGUGUUAUUCGUAAACGCGAUGCGUUCGAUUCCAAAAAAUGCAGUGACGAUUGAGAUAUCUUCUCAGAAUAUUCUUCAACACAUUUUAAACAACUAUUUAUGCUCUACAGUAACAAAUGUAGCGUUGUAUGAACGUACCGAGAAUCAUAGUGGUGAGAUAUUUUUAGAAUCAAUCGGGAAACUCUAUAAUGCAGGAUUGCAGCCACAGAUUGCAAAUCUUUAUCCGAUAGAAAAACUUCCUGUAAGCCGCGGUACCUCAAUGAUUUCUCCUCUCAUAAG